AUGAAUUCUCUGGUUGCCUAUGAGUCUUCAGAUUCUGAAACAGACAAUGACAAAAGUGAAGAAGUCAAUUUUCUUCAGAGAAAAGAUGAUUUUGUUCACUCUAAAUUUCAAUGUCAGUCUGUACUUCCAACUGUCACAGGAUUGGAAUCUUCUCGAUGUGGUUUCGAGUUAAAAGUUGCAUCUACUGGAAGUAGCAAUAAGGAAUACAAUUGGCGCAGUACACCGAAUUAUGCACAGAGAGACCUCCGUGUAACUCCCAGACCUCCAGAGAUGUCUUUAAGUGAUGAGACAUAUUUUCAGUUUUCUAAAAAUAACUAUAAAAAUGGAUUGGACCUGAUGCAGAAAUCUGAUAGAAUUCCUGCCAAGAUGGUGCCCUCGGCUCAGAAGAGAUUAUUUCAAGACUCAAUGGCUGCUGCUCAAAAUAUUAAGCCUUACAUACCCAAAAGACUGAGGCAGAAAGAAGUAACUUAUGAAAGCAAAGACAGCACAGAAGUUUUGAACUCUGAGAAAAACCAUACUCCACCAGAAGAACAUCAGUUAAGUCUGUUGAGUAGAAUUUCAGACUUCAUUAAGCCCUACCUGGAAAACCAAUGCAAAACUUCAGACAUACCAAAACGCUUGGUGUUCCACAUCUCUCAGCACAAGGGACCAGUAACUACAAUAGAAUGGUGUCCUGUGCAGCAACAUAGUCACUUACUGCUCUCUGCCUCCAUGGAUAAGUCUGUAAAGAUAUGGGAUGCAAUUGAAACAGGCAGAUGCUUGAAGAGCUAUUUGUGCCAUUCAGGGGCAGUUCGUGAUGCUCAGUGGUCUUUGUGUGGAAGACAGAUCCUCAGUGGUGGAUUUGAUUCAAUGCUUCAUCUGACAGAUAUUGAAACAGCUAAACAAAUCAUCAGUAUUCAUAAUGGAUGUCAAAUCACUCGCUUGGCAUUCAAUCCUGAGAACCAAAAUGUCUUCUUGAGUGGAGGAUUCAGCUCAACAGUGAAAGCAUGGGAUACAAGAAAUUGUCAGGUAGUGAAUGAAUACAAUGCUGGAAUUCAACAAACACUUGACAUUCUUUUUCUUCCGGGUGGAAAGGAAUUUCUUACCAGCACAGAUGCUGUAAGCAGAGACUCAGCAGACCGUACAAUCAUUGCCUGGGAUUUCCAGACUUCUGCAAAAAUAUCCAAUCAAAUAUUCCAUGAAAGAUACACUAUCCCGUGCCUGGCUGUUCACCCCAAAGAAUCUGUCUUUGUUGCUCAAACCAAUGGCAACUAUAUGGUGCUAUUUUCUACGCAGCGACCAUACAGGAUGAACAAAAGGAAACGAUAUGAAGGGCAUAAGGUGGAAGGAUAUGCAGUGGGCUGUGAAUUUUCACCCGACGGGACUCUCAUUGCCACAGGAAGUGCUGAUGGGACAGUCUAUUUUUACAACUAUCUGAAUUCAAAACUAAUUCAUACUUUGCCUGCCCAUGAGCAGGCCUGUAUUAAUGUCUCAUUUCACCCUGUACACCCCUCUAUUAUUGCAACUUGUGAUUGGAGUGGAGAAAUCAAAGUGUGGCAAUGAUGGCCUGUAAGUGGGAGCUUACUUGAGCUAUAAGUGUACAUUAUUGUUCGUUAUUCUAUCCCUUAAUUAUAAAAGAAAUCACAUUUGCCCAGAAAAUUAUCAAAAUGCAGAAUUAAUUUCCCUUUAUGCACUGAUUAAUUCAGCAAUGCAUAUUAGGUUUAUUAUCAGGUAUAAUAUGAAGACCAAGCCAGGCUAAAGAACCAGCAUUCUAAGAUUAGUGGUUAAGAAGGAUUGACGCCAAUAUAUCCAUACUCUUGCAGUGCAGGUAAGACUUAGGUGUAAUGAAUACCUCCAUUAUCCUGUAGUUUUAAAUAAUGGUCACGAUGAAGAGAAUCAAUACCACUUAAUGAUCAUUUUAUGCAUUAAAAAACGCUGAAGCAGUGAAACAAGCUAACACUUCAACAGAUUGCGAUAUUAAGCAAGUUGUCCGAGUUGUGUACAUUUGAUUUUAGUAGUGGAGCCUUCACUACAGAAGUUGGAAACCUACAAUCGCAACUAUAACUUCAAAAGACUGAUGCCACAUGUAUUUAUAGCUUUCAACAUACAAUAUCAUUGUUGAUGUGAAAAUAGACAGCAAUUUACCAUGACUGUCACCAUGUGUCAGUAGAUGACACUGAUCCAUUAACUGUAUAUUGGUGAAUCUACUUCUAUGCUAUUUUUGUUAACUUGCUCAACAAUUUCUGGAAACAUUAGCCAGAUCUCUAUGGCCUUCAACUAACUGAACGGAAGUGUCAAUAAAGGAACCACGUGCUUGCAGGGCUGAUCAGUAAUUAAGACAGCCAGAUACAAAGGCAAGCCUUGUUCUGUGCAAUAUAAAAAAGGAGAUUGUUGAACCUGACAGUAUAAAAUUCUGUCUUCAUAAAAUUGAAUAAAUUAUGAAUUAUUUGAUUUAAAGAAAGAAAUUAAAGUUUAUUUUACUUCAAAA